AUGGCGCUGCCGAUGACAUUUUCUCAAGUUUGGAAUGGAGGCAUGGGAGACCUUGAAUCUGUUUUUCAAGGCUUAUCAAUCGCUCAGCCCAACCCUCCGAGUCUGUAUCAUCCUCCCAGCAAUUGUCCGGGGCCGAAUUAUGAAUAUGAAUUUGAGAAUAUUAUAAGCUUCGUCAAUAAUUCCUUCCGAAGUAUACCGGACGAGGAACGAACUGUCACCCGCGCUUUUGCUCGGCCAUUUACACCUGGUGGAUUGCUGGUCUUGUUGCAAGAACCGCUGGCUAAUCAUCCUUGGUCAAGUGGUAUUGAAGCGGUGAUUUCGUCAUGUCCGUCGUUGGGGGCACUGAGAGAAGGGAUCGCGAGGGUUUCACAGGGUGGACAAUGCAUCACCAACAACGUUUCAGUUAUGGAUAGAUGGCCGUUCCUAUCGCAGACUCUGCACAAGAGCUUGGAAGUAUCCCGUUGCGCUGAAAUGGAACGAUAUGAUAGCCUCGUUCUCGCGGCUAUACGCGCUAAGCAACCAAACGUGAUCCUAUGCAUGGGCAGCCUAGUAUUGAUGCCGGGCCGAUUUAUUGAUAUCGUGUACUGUUGUCAUCCAAGCUAUUCAAUCAACUACGAGUUUCAAAACUGUCAUAAAACACGGGAGACACUCCUCGUCGCUAUUCAAGACGCUUGCAAUCGACUAAGAAGCAACAUUGGUACACUUCCACAGCCUCAUCCCUGGAAUAAUAUGCUACCACCUCAGCAAUACGCAUUUUCUUACACAAACAUUAACCAGCCUGCGCAGUAUGGGAAGAGCGAUGCUGAGAUCGUUCGUGGCUUUAUCGGACGAGGCACUCUGGGUGCUCGUGCCGCUGUUGAUGAAGCUGAACAACACACUGACAAGGACAACCUAUUUCUCUCCGACAUACACUGUGGAUAUGCGAAGAGUGACUGA